AUGGAGGUUUUUGCUGUUUCAGCGCAUGGAAUUGUACCAAGUAAACGUGCAUUUCAUUCUUGUUCUGUCGUAGGAAAUUUUCUGUAUAUUUUUGGAGGAAUUGCACCGGACAGAACUGUUUUAAAUGACAUGUACAUGUACAAUGUUUCUUCAAAUAUGUGGAGUCGGAUUGAGGACAGAGUACCGGGUAGUUCUCAAAGCAGACCUUUAGUUUCAUCAGGAUUUCCUAAGGGAAGACUUUGCACCGCACCGAGUGUCAGCCACCAUACAGCGACGGCUGUAAGGGGCCGGUUUAUUUUGAUAAUAGGUGGUUGGAAUGGACGGAAAAGGUGCGCUGAUGUGUUUUGUUUUGACACUGUUGAUCAAUUUUGGCGUCAUAUCCCUGAAACUGGAGACAUUCCUGUAGGAUUAAGCUCGCAUACGGCAACUUUAGUAUCUUCUAAAGAUAUUUUGAUAAUCGGACGUGAAGGAGGCGUUCACACGCAGCGUCGCUUCUCUGGUGCUUUUUAUUUAAACUUUGAAACAGGAAAAUAUUCUGAAGCACCAUUUCAUGCCAGCUCCAGGUCGGGUCAUACAGCAAAUCUUAUCCCCAUAAGAACUAGCGGGGAGAACCAUUUAUUUGUUUUUGGAGGUCGCAAGAGUGGAGGAUAUGAAUUAAUUGGCUCGUGGAGGAAAAUGGAACAAACCGAGACGUCGUUUCCCCAGCAGAGAAUCUCUGAAUUGCUCAGAAAGUCUGCCAUAUGCGACGAACCUAGUGGUCGACAGCACGCUAAAGCUGUAGAGCUGGGCAGUAAACAUUUGCUAAUUUUUGGUGGGGAGACCUGGAGUGGUGUAAGGGAGAAUGUAACAAAUGAGGCUUUCGUUUUAGAAACUGACACAAUGAAAUGGUAUAAGUUGCCCCUCGUAGGAGAUGCCCCAAAACUUGUUGGACAUUCCAUGGUAGGGUGUGGUGAAAAGAUUUUUGUGUUUGGAGGUGGGCUUUCCAGCAAAUAUUGUAAUACACUUUGGGAAGUUAAGAUUUAA